AUGACCUCAAUCCAUGAGACACCUACCUCCCGCGCAAAGGCACAGGACCUGAACACGUCCAGUCUGUCUUCCGAACGAAUAGGAAUUCAUGCGCCAUCCUAUGCCAGUGUGAUGCCCGUGUGUGAUACCCACAAUCCCACAGACAGUGCUCGCUUAGGCACACCCAUUCAUCCAGAGAUAGUCCGAACCGACCACACGCCCACUCGGCCACUCGGCCACUCGGGUCUGUCCACAGCAGUACCCGACCCGAUGCCUGCCCCUCUGCCCCUUGCCCUGCUUCACGACCCCGACGACGGCCAAUGA